AUGUCCGAACUCCAGCUAUUCCCGUCAGACGACGAAUUCUCCAGCGUCCCAGAGACGCCCGCUCUUCAUCUCCAACCCAAACCAGGUCGUUCCACAUUGGAUUGUGAUCCACUGCCGAAUCGCACAGGACGUCAGCUCCAGCGCUCGUACAAGCCGCGCUCAAGAAGACCGCUCUCUCCUCCUCCAUCAAGACCGUCAUCUUCCUCCGUCUCCAGUUCUCCUUCUCCUCCUCCUCCUCAGUCUUUAUCUCAAACUACUCGCCAGGACGUUCCGUUAAUUCCCCCUGUUUCAAAAUGGACUGUAAACAGCCUCCGUCAAGCACUGGCUAAUUCCGGUGUCCAUUUCCCACGCAGAUCAUCAAAGAUCCAACUAUACGAGCUUCUGACGAGUUCCCAAAAUUCUCCCAGCCAGCCCGAACUUCAAUCAAAAAAUCCUAAAAACAAAAUUCAACGCAUCUCAACUAUCCGUUCUUCCCCGCGGCAGCAGAGUAGUCGCCAAACUCGCCACCAGCACGAGCGCGCUAAUCCGACCGCUCGUACUUCCUCGUUUGCUCCCGUCUCGUCCCGGCUGGCAACAGCGGCCGCCGAACACAGUUCUCCAGCGGCUCCGGCUCCAAAUAACCCUCAAGUUUUAUUUUCAGGUUCAAGAUCCUCCAAGCAUGACACGGAAAUACCUUCUCAUUUAAUUCCUUUCUCUUCUGUUCCGUCUUUCCUUCCUAAUUCUCAAAAAGGUGUGGAAUCCAGUGUGAGGCUGCCUCCACUGAAUGUUCCGCCCCCUCUCCCUUUUCCUUUUUCUUCUGGUGACGACCACAGCGUGAGGAUGCCUCCGCAGUCAGUCCCACCUAUAUCUCUUCCUAUUUUCCACUCUUUUCCACCUGCUGCAACUCAUACUAAUCAAGAUCCUCAGCCCUCUACGUCUAUAGCCCCAGCUCGCUGGCCAUCUCAUUCCCUUGCGUCAGCGGAACAUCUUCCACCUCCUCCUCAUGCGGUAGCCCAGGAACCUCCUCCAGUGUCUUCUCAACUUCGCUCACUAAUCCUAGCAGGUGCAGAUAUAGAUCUUCCUUCUCUUCUUACAUCAGUUCCUAUCAAUGAAUCCCAUCGUUCUUUCGAAUGCGGCCCUUAA